CCCGACCGCAAAAUUCACCCGUCAUUGCUCUUCCGAGUCAUCACUCUCCAUCUUCCUCACACACAGACAGAUACGCACACAUGGCUUUGCUGGGAGACGACGGCAGAGGCUACGAGCUAGCUCGGAAGCUGGAGAGCCACGGCGUAUGGCGCACGUGGCUCGGCGACUCCCUCCACUCCAGCUUCGUUCACUUCCUCGCUUCUCCUUCGGCUUGGGAAGCCUUCAUGCGAGCUGACUAUGCCGCCGACUCCUCAACCUCCUCCUCGUCCUCCGCCACCACCGCCGUCGAUUCGCUUAAAACUAGGGCGCUGCUACACCUCCAGCUCCGAGCACGAGCUCUCCUUUUCGAUAAAGCCUCAAUUUCUCUCUUCCUCCGAUCUCCUAAUAAUAAUCCUCAGUUAUUAUCACCUUCAUCGUCCUCGAAUGCAAUCUCGAAACUGAAUCCAAAUUAUUUGCAGUUGCACGGUGAUGAUGUGUAUUUCACUUUGGAGGAAGCUGCUCAACGGUCGGAUAGUGUUCUUGCUUCUUCUGCAAAUGCGACGGCAUCAAAGAGCAAAUCAUCUUUUGGUGUUGGAUCGAGGCACACUGAAUCAGAAAUUGGUUCUUUGCCCCAAAGGUUCAAGUUCGAUGAAUUACCUGAAACAUGGUAUGCUCAGUUUUUUGAGAAGUAUAGAGCAAGUAAAUCAUACAGACUAUCCUUCGGAGAUCAGGAAACAGAAAAAAGGACUCCUGAACAUAUGUAUAAUUAUCUUAGGGUUGCGGAAAAUCACAAGAGAAAGAGAGUUGCUUUCAAGGUAGAUCAGAACAUUGGUGUUGGCAAUUCCAUGUUAGACAGCGGGUCAAACAUGCUGUUAACCUCAAUAGUGGAGGACAACAAUGCACUUGAUGAUGAAGCACCGUUUUUCCCUGAAACUAUGUUUAGUAUGAAUUGUGUUCCAGAUAGUGCUGUCUUGCAGAAACAUAGAGUUUCACUGAACGUAAAAGUGGAGUUCAAUGGGAUUCUAGACACCUUACCUCAGAUCGUUACCAAGAGUCCUAUCAUGAUUGAAAGGCUAGGUAUCAGACCAGAAUACCUAAGUAUGGAUCCAAAAGGAAAUCAAAAUCGUGGAAAGAUUGGUUAUGAUGGGCGUGGGAAACUUCUGGGUCAGGAGCAAGCAUCACAGCUAUCACAGAAAGUGAUAGCUCGUUUCCUAUCUAAAGUUGGUUUUGAAGGUUCCUCAGAAGUGCCACUGGAAGUUUUGUCUCAGUUAUUAAGUAGUCAUGUAUGCAAAUUAGGUCGUACAUUAAAGCUACUUGCUGAUAGCUACAGAAAGCAAUGCUCAGUCAUGGAGUUGUUAAAGAUGUUCCUUCACACAACUGGAUAUAGUAAUCUUGUGGUACUGUCUGAGCUUGUGAAGGAUGCUACCAGGAAUCCUGUACCGCAGACUCAGCAACAAGUACAGGGAUAUCAGUUGCAAUUGCAAUCACAGAACCAAGGACCCAUCCGGCCAUCGCAGCAGAUUCCAAGGCAAAUGCUUCCUCAGCUUCAACAGAUGAUUAAUUCCCAGAAUCUGGCUUUUCAGCAGCAUCAACAAUGGGAGAGAAUGAGAAGACGACAGCAGUCAACACCUCGUCCUGGUAUGAACAUGAAUAUAAAUAUGGACAAGGAUAGGCCUAUGGUGGAAGUCAAGGUUGAAAAUCCAUCUGAUUUCCCAAUGGACAAUAAUACCUUUGCCACAAUCGAUUCCCGGCAUUCCCAGCUGCAGCCAUUUCGUCAGCAACAAAUCGCUGCUAUGACAUCUUUCCAAACUAGCAAUCAGUUCAGGCCCAUGUCUUCGCCUCAAAUUCCUCAAAUGCAGUCCCCGAACAUGGGGAUGGCUAGGGCUCCUCCUGUAAAGGUUGAAGGCUUUCAAGAAUUGAUGGGUGGGGAUGCUACACUUAAACAUGAUUCGGAAGAAAACAAACUAACAUCACCGGCCAAAUAGUAUAGCUUUGAGUUUAAUACCUUCCGGCAUAGAAGUGAUCAACCUAACUGUCUGGGCCACCGAGUUUCUUGUGUAUGACCCAUUUUAUACUCACUUCUGCACAAUUCUAUUCCCAGCUGCUUGGUCAGGCCUCCUCCUGUAAAGAUUAAAGGAUUCCAAGAAUUGAUGGGUAGGGAUACCGCACUGAAGCCUGAUUUCAAGGAAAAUGAGUUAACUUUGCAUGCCUCAUAGGAUAAUUCAGUUAAAUACCUUCUUGUACAGAUGUAAAGGUACCAUUCUUUGAUAAGUUUUCCUACUCUUUUAGUUCUAUAGCAUAAUCCUACAUAAAUAUUAGUGUUUGUUGUAGAAUGCCAAUUUUGUAAAAAGAUUUUACAGAUGAAA